AGAAAAAGAGGAAAAAGAAAAAAGAAAAAAGAAAAAAGAAAAGAAAAUAGAAAAUGUUUCUUUGAAAAAAUCCUUAGAAAGUAAUCGUUCGUGAGGAGACUGUACGAGAACUCGGUACGUACACGUGUUAUUAGAGUGACCGCCGAGGCAGCCUAAUUAUGCAAAACCACAUUCGCGUGUUCGGCCAGUGGCGAACGUUGUAAAACGAGCGAGUAUGUGUAUGACUUGGGAAAGGCGUACACACGGCAACAUAAGAACGACGACGUAGAGGUGGACAAAAUUUGAGAGACCGCCUGCCAUUGAGACGAAAUCGACCGCGAACGAACAUACAGGGAAGUAACGUUCGACGGGUGAUUUCUCCUUCAACAUAUCCAUUCAUUUUUCUUCUUAUGAAAAAUCAACGAAAGUAAAACUUAUUAAUAGAAAAGUGAUCCGAGACGAAUAUAGUUUUAACAAACGGAGUCUUUAUAAUCGUUCGUAGAAACCUUCCGUGCAUAUAGAUCCCGAUAAACCGAUAAGAACCAGUUUUAGAUUUGAAAUUAUCGGCCGGAAUUGCCAAGCCACGUAACUACAUUCCGUAAAUUUUUUCUUUCCUUUUCUAUAAAGGUUCACCUAAGUCGACAUAUUUCAGAUAACAAUCUAGCUUUCAAGUUAGUUCCUAACUCAAUCAAAGAUAGUAUUACAAAGACAUAAGUAAAAGAAUGAAACAAAGAAUAGAGUACCAUUAACUCUUAUAUUCCAUUGUCUCAAACACAAAAAGAGAUCUAAACGUUCAUUUUGAACGUUGAAAAAGAGUCGAAAACAAAAAUCGACUCCAUGAGUUCCCAAUAAUUUUGUAAGAAGAAUUGAGGGCCCCAGAUAGAGUCGGUCCGUGGUUGGUAUCCGUUUGAUAGCAGAUAGCAGGCCGAACGACGCUGGUAUGUUCUCAUUACGCGUCGUGCAGGUAUGCGGUGGCCGGUUCGUGGGUCCCGUGCACGUAGUAACACCGUCUUGGUCCAUCUCUCUCUCUUUCUCUAUCUAUCUCUCUCUCAUUCUCUCAUAUUCUCUUCUCCUUCCUCUUAACUUUCACGGAGCUUGGCAUCCCUUCCAAUCGGAUCCCGCCUUUAUGUCCUUCUCUUUGGCUCCCUGAGCGGAAUAAAGCGACGAUUCCAACGAGUCACCGUGCGGCAAAUCGACGCACCGCACAAGAAAGUGCUUCGAGUCACACAAAUUUAAGGACAGGUCCUUUUAGAGUCAGUUCGAUCAAAACUUAGUAGAAGUUCCUUCUUUUACAUUUACGAAGCUAACUUUUCGCUGUUUAUCUUGGCCCAUUCGAACUCGCUGGAAUCUUUGUAUCUACUCUUCUCUUUUCUUCUCUUCUCUUCUCUGUCUCUCUCUCUCUCCAACUUUGAACGGUGAUCUUCUCGGUGACGUUGCUCGCUGGACGCUGGCGAUCGUAGUCCUCGAGAUACGUUAUGGUAGUAGUAAGACUGCGAUGUGGUGGAAUGGAUCGACCAUGUGAAAGAGAGAGAGAGAGAGAGAGAGAGAGAAAGAGAGAGAGAAGAGGGAACUAGUUCACCGAAGAAAACGACGCCAGAGGCAGUUGCACGCUGUACCAAUCGUUCUCUUCUUCUUCUUCGUAACUUCGUAUAGCGAAUAUCGAGAAUACUCGGCUAUCUUUUACAAUUUUUCUAAAUGACUGUUGUUCCAAAAUUUUCCUAAAAAAAAGUUCAAAAAACAAAGAAAAGAGAAAAGAGAGAAAGACACGUGUCUUCUAUCGUUUUUAAAAAGAAGCAACUCGCAAAAGUAUUAUCGAAAAGCUUCCGAAACGUUAAGCAACGCGAUAACUCAGUCCUCGGAGAGAAAAAGAGAGAAUGUAGCCGAGUAUGUACUCAGGCCCUUCUUAUCUCGAGGAUGCACACUGAAAACACAGGCCAUGCGAUUGAUUCGUUCGUCCUACCAGGUACCUGCCACGUUUACGUUUCGAUGCGGUCAACCGUGAGAGGAGAGUCUCAGGCCAUUGGUUUCGUUCCUUUCGGAAAAAGACCGAGAAACCACGGAGAGUCAUAAAGCAAUAAACGGCGCGUUUCCUCGAUUACGAGAAUCUUAUCGUCUUUAUUACCGAUAUAGAACGUAAUAACUCGAAAGUCGAUUGCUUACAAUACGAAAGAAACGAAAGAAGAGAAAGAAAAAGAAAUGAAGAAAUCGAUUUUUGAGUUCAUCUUGAAAAAAAAACAUUCGAAUCUCCAAGAACUUGGCUCGCAGCUGAUCGCGAUGAUUUGCAUGUUGACUCGUAAUUCCAAGUGGAAACUAAGAAGAACUAGGAGCGUCAGUCCAAGAAGGUAGAAUGAAUCGGUUCUCAGGUGUAAAACCGGCUGGGCGUCGGCGGCUGCUGCCAGAAGAAAGAGACGGAAAGGGAAAAAAAGAAGUAGCGAAGGGGCAGGGAGCAAGGAGGGAGAUAAGGUAAGAGAGAGGGAGAGAAGGCGACUCGAUCUCUCCGAGUGCCUCUGGCUUAUGGCGGGGUGCACCGACCGCACCCCCUCGUCCUCAUCCCACCAAUGAUCUCCUUCCUCAGUGCUGUACACUAUUACGUCUUUACAUCAAACAUUUCCCUACUCUUACAAAGUUUCUUUCAUCGAAUCUUGAAGAAUAAGGAGUUCGAAAUCGAAGAAAAAUUUCUUUGAUCUGAACGCAAGUAGGUGAUGACCAAAACAAUCCGUAAUCCUUAACUAAAGAUUAACAAAAAAUUCGCAGUGUUGAACCUUUAACGUUGAGGGUACUCCAAAUACUAAAUACAAACCUGAGCCUCGCACACAUACCACCGUCCUACCCAAGUCUCUCCUACGUUCAACCUGCGCGUCGCAGGCUCUGGUAGGUACGAUAACCGUGAGCUCCCCUCCCAGUUCUCAAUCUUUCCGUCUGUCUCUUUCUGUAUUGCUGAGCGGCACGAGAAAAGGAAGGGAGCCGGCGAGGUCCGGUCGCGCAGCAUCCAGCAGCAGCGCUACCAGCGGCAGCCGAACGGAAAGACUCCCAGGCGAGUUGCGCCGCUCUGACGCCGUGCUUCCCUUUUACCUGUGUGUUGCUUUUGCGUGUUCGUGUUUCUUCUUGGCUGCGUGCGCUCUCUCUGUGCGCCGUGGAAGCCGAUCGCGUCCGAGAGCGUCCGACACGCAGUUAAACCGCGCGCGCUACGCCGUCACCACAGUGAGAUACGUGUACUCAAGAAACAGGAGUGAAAGAGAGAGAUAGACAGACAUAUAUAUAUGUAUGUAUGUAUGUAUAACAUCGCGUUAUCUAUAUAUCGGAUACGCGAGAGUCUCGCAAACUUCUUCGCAAAUUAUCCGCGAUGUCACGACCGAUAGAAUACCUUUUGCAGUCUUCCCUGUCGUUAACGAGUACGCUGUAUUAGUCGCUGGUGCUACUUCCUGAGCCAAGCGUGCAUGUGCGUGCGUGUGCGUGCGCGCUCGCGCGCCAUCGACCGAGAAGGAGCGCGUGCACGGAAUGCCUUGAAUCUCUCGAGAUCAAAGUGUCGGCAAAAAGAAAGUGCGAGAGAGAAAUAGAGUGCGUUGUGGCAGUUCAUUGUAAACAAGGGAGAACGAGAAGACGAAUGAUCGUCUUUCCUCUUUGGAGUACUCGUGAGAUUCUUUCUAAUCGCGGUGAAAUGCAAAUGUUGAGUUUUGAAGAUUAAGGAACUUUCGGGAAACUUCCCUUUCGUCUUCCUUCCGAAGUCUUCGAUAUGCCGACGGAUCUAGUCGUGACGCCGGCUUCGGCCACGGCUUCUGAAGAAUCCAGCAGAGGUCGUGACCUACCACUUGGUCCGUCUUCGCGAUCUGCUCCAUCAUCUUCAGGGACAUCGUCCUCGGCCUCUUCCGGACAGUCGUCCUCUAGAGGAUUCGAUCCUUCCGGUGCCCUCGCGGCUUAUCAUCAACAUCGACAUGGCUUGGUGACUGGUCUAGGCCAUCCUCAUCAUCGGGAAUCAUCCGCUUUCGUACCCGUCGUACCUUCCAGAUUGCAUCUCGCUCCUUAUCCCAGCGAGAUGCAUCCUCAUCUUCCAGGAUUACCACCUUCCUCGUCUACCAGCGGAAACACGGACCACGAAGUCGGUCCCGAACAAUCCGUGGCUAGAAAAGGAUCGUCCAGUUACGAGAUUAUGGCUAUGAUGGCCGAUAAAAGAAAAGAAUUGGCAGCGAGAGCUCUACUUCUUCCACCGCCACCUCUUUUGGAACCACCACCUGGAUACCCAGUUUUUGCAGGUCCUUUCCCUGGUAGUUCCGCUCUCUAUCCUCCGGGUGGACCAUUGGCUCAUCAGCAUCUCGAUCGAAGAUUAUUGAGAGCUCCCGGCAGAGCAUCCAGGCCGAAGAAGCAAUUCAUAUGUAAAUUUUGUAACCGACAGUUUACGAAAUCCUAUAAUCUUCUCAUUCACGAAAGGACACACACGGAUGAAAGACCGUAUUCGUGCGAUAUUUGCGGUAAGGCCUUCAGACGGCAGGAUCAUCUUCGAGAUCACAGGUAUAUCCAUAGCAAAGAGAAACCGUUCAAAUGUGGCGAGUGUGGAAAGGGUUUCUGUCAAAGUCGCACUCUGGCCGUGCAUAAGAUCCUUCAUAUGGAGGAAUCGCCACACAAGUGUCCGGUAUGCGCGAGAAGUUUCAAUCAACGCAGUAACCUAAAGACUCACCUUUUGACACAUACGGAUCACAAACCGUACGAGUGUACGUCCUGCGGAAAAGUUUUUCGUAGGAAUUGUGACCUCAGGAGGCAUGCGCUAACUCAUGCGGUCGGUGACGUUCCUCCAGAGGCUUUGGAAGAGGCACUUAGGGACGAUGAUAGUCCAGAAGAAGAUUGUGGUCCGGAAUCAGGUUCGUCUAUGCCCUCGUCUUCUUCGACGAGUUCGUCGCUAGCAAGCACGUCGGCGAGUACUUCUGGUUAUCAAACUCAAGCCCAAUCGAUACCAGGCCCACCACCACCGCCACCACCUCCAGCAUCAACGUCAGCACCUGUGUCUGCACCAACAUCAGCACCGACUCCAUCGACGGCAUCAGCACCAACUCCAGUACCAGCUCCUCCGCUUCGACAGAGGCCUCAAUUACAGAUCAGAAGAGACCUAUUGCCUACCGUAAAACCUUCCACGAUAACCAGCAGUAGUUCGACUCACUCAAACACGCAAAAUCCUCCAGCAGCUUUGCCACCACCACCUCCUCUGAUACUCUCGUCGUAUCGUCGAAGACUCGGGUCACCAGGUCCAUCGAGAGUUUUCUUGGAACUUCAGGAACGAGAACGUGAAAGAGAACGGGAGAUGAAACAAAACAGAGAAAGAGAUCGUGAAAGAGAACGCGAAGAGGAAAUUGAAAGGCCUCCAAGAGCACCGACUCCUCAGCCACCUCCACCACCCAGGCCUGCACCCACCAGGCAAGGAUUCACGAUCGCCGAUAUCAUGCGUCGAUAGAAAAUUAUUGUACUAAUUCUAUCGAACGUUCUCCAACGAAGAGAAAACAACGAAGAGAACGAUUCGAAAGUAAUUGAAGAUCAAACAAUUUUCUACAUCCUAUGUCUUCCGUACUUUACUUAUAUUUUCCAACUGUACAUAUACAAGGUGUCCCUUUGAGAACACGUACAACUUUAACGACCAUUAUUAUUAUGUGCCAGCGAAGUUAUAUCUCUAGUCGCGGUGCUAUCACGAUCUGGAUUUUAUCAGCAUCAUUCGAAAAGAUUAAAGGAAAGUAUUGCCGAAGCGUGCCUUCUUACGUUAGUCAAACAUUUACAAGUUAGAAAAAGAUAUAUUGUUACGGUCUUUGAAAGUACACAGUUUUUUAGCAAGUAAAUUGGACGAUAAGAAGUGAAAUUAUUAUCGGAAUAAAGAAAAUGUGCCUUUUGUACGACUGUACUACUUAUCAUUCAUUUUACACGAAUCGACAAAAUAUUUGGGAUAUAGUACUGAUCGCCCUGUAGAAGAAGAUACGUCAAGAAUCGAACAGUAAAUAGCGAAGAGGAAUAAAACGAAGAAAAAGAAAAAGGAGAAGAAAAGAUUAAAAAAAGACAAUAAGCCGAAGUGCUUUGUCUCUCGUAAAUUUCGGAGAAGGGGUAAUGCAAAUUUCGUGGUCACGGUGGAACCUGUGCCACUGUUGCCACGGUGGUAGCAGGUGCAAUACGGUGUCGAAACUACUUGAAUCCCACUUUUAGUACUACCUGCUCCUGCUCGCAUCUAAAAAUAUUCCGACCCUCGACGAAUGCUGCCUUCUUUUUUCCCUUUGCUCCUGAGAGAGGAACCAUUAAGGGUCCUUUUGUGUUCGACCACAAAAAGGACCUUUGUGUCUGUGUUAUGCGACCGACCAAAACUAUAUUUUCUUCUCGGUGAAUCCCAUAAAAAUUCUAGGAUGAGAGAAAGAAAACUGUUUUCCUUCCUUUUUUUUUUUUUCUUUAUUCUUUUCUUCCGAAUAAGUGUGUUCGUGUUUACCGAAACUUCGAACAUUAAGGAUAAUGAUUCUUGAGUGAAAAUUAUUAUAUUUGAGAGACACUUUGCUGAAAGACACCGAUGUCUUCCAUUUUAACGAAAAUCAUUUUAUUCGAAGUAAGUAAGACGAAAGAUCUGUUGAAAAUGGAUCGAAAGUUAUUACAACGUUAUUGAUAAUGGACAGUAUAUAGGAAUUUAAUUCCGCGUUUGUGUUACACUCCUAAGAGAAUGGGAAUUGAAAUGAGGAUUUUUUUUCAAUACUGAGAGAGAAUGUAUAGUGAUAUCUACGAUGUACAAUGUACUACGUACAAUGACGGCCGUCCAAGCGAUAAUUUACAAAAGCACAAAGACGAGCUAAAUCUCCUGUUAUUUUAUACGUUUUCUGUUUAUGCUCAACAUAAAUAUCUAUAUUUUUAGAUUUAUACGUGCGUUAAGUAAGUUUGUAAAUUAUAUAUUAAGACAGAUGAAAAAUAAAAGAUACUACACAAAUA